AUGGCAUUGAGAACACAGUUUGAGGGCAACAAUGAAGUGGGAGUCUUUGCCAAAUUGACAAACUCUUAUUGUUUAAUUGGCAUUGGAGGUUCAACUAACUUUAGCAGCAUUUUUGAAAGUGAGUUGUCUGACACGAUUCCUGUGGUGAAUACAUCAAUAGCUGGCUGUAGAAUAAUUGGCCGGUUGUGUGUGGGUAAUAGGCAUGGUCUUCUUGUUCCCAUUACCACAACUGACCAGGAACUCCAGCAUUUACGCAAUUCUCUACCAGACUCUGUGAAAAUACAAAGAGUCGAAGAGAGGCUGUCGGCAUUAGGCAAUGUUAUUGCAUGUAAUGACUAUGUUGCUGUCGUGCAUCCAGAUCUUGACAGAGAUACAGAAGAAAUUCUUGCAGAUGUAUUGAAAGUUGAAGUUUUUAAACAAACAAUCGCAAACAACGUUCUUGUUGGUUCAUAUUGUGUCUUAAGUAACCAAGGAGGACUAUUACAUCCCAAGACUAAAAUCGAGGAUCAAAAUGAGUUAUCCUCCAUCCUACAGAUUCCACUUAUAGCUGGAACAGUGAACAGAGGUAGCGACGUGAUAGGAGGGGGACUGGUUGUGAAUGAUUGGGCAGCUUUUUGUGGUCAUGAUACAACUAGCACUGAAAUAUCCGUAAUAGAUAAUAUCUUUAAAUUGGGCACCACACAGCUUGACCAUCCUGCUUCAUCGUUAAGAGAUGCUCUCAUAGAUAGGUAA